CUUUUGGAGUGAGCCCAGAGGGGGCAGAGGAGAUGGAGGCUGAAGGUUGGGCGGGUGGGGGGAUUCUUGACUGACGCGUUUAUGGUCCUAUAGGGAAGAGGGAGCCGACCAACCGAAGAUGGGAAACCCACCCAUGGGCAAUUAAGGGUAAAGGACGGGAAAAAUAUUUGAUAAACUUUCCCCCCUUCUCCCUGUGUUGAACCGGGCAGGAAAAGAAGCAGGAGCUAUGCAGAAACCCAAGGAACCAGAACACGAGACGCACUCUUUUUGGAGCUUUUGGAGCUGUUUGGAGAGUUUCUCCUGCGCAAAGGUUUGAUGUGGACCGCUAGGAAUCCGUGAAGAAACUGUGUCAAGUGAUCUGAUAACCUUAAAAAGAGGAAAUUCUCUGCUUUAGCUAGGAGAACGCAGACAAGAAGAAGAACAGAAGUUGGGUCAAACUUUCCAUUUUUCCUCCUUUUUGCGCACCGAGGACUCAACCAUCGCUGCGUCCGCCUGCGAGGAGAUCAGAGUGGAUUGCUGUUUGUGAGUCCCGUCCUCGCUGCCGGGGGCGAUGGGGGCCGCGCCGGGCUCGGGAUGGGAGGAAGGAGAGUUUGAGUUCAAGCUGGUCUUUGAGGAGGAUCCGCCGCAGCGGCGCAGCCAGGGGUCAUCCCCCGCGCGCGCAGCCGAGCCGGAGAGCGCCGCUGCCGGCGAGGAGAGCGACACCGCGCUGCUGCAGCUGGACUCCUCCAGCACCAUCAGCAGUCUGGUGAGAGACAACCACCUUGCUGCCUCCCAUGCAGGACAGUCCAUCCGCAUUCCCAGCCCGCCACUCUCAUCCAGUCAGCGGGCAGGGAUGCAUUCCCCCCCUCCACGCCGGGCCCCCAUCAGAGAGUUCAGCGGGACCUACGAGAGCCUGCCGGCACGCUCUGUCAAGGUCUCCGAGUCUCGAGUGGUCGAGUGUCCCAGCAUUCAAAUCACCACCAUCUCACCUGAAGACGAACCUGCACCCACAAUUCCCAGCUACUGGGACAUGGGCAACAGUGGUGUUUGGGACAGAGAGCGCCUCUACCUCCCCCUGCUGGAUCCCUUCACCUACCGGGACAGAUGCCCAGGCUCCCUCAGCCCCAGCCCUGCCUCCAGCCCCUCCUCUAGGGGAUGGCUCAGCCCUGCCUCCAGCUGCGACUCGCUGCUGGUGGAGGAUGAGGAGCUCAAUGAGACCACCAUCAGCUUUGGGUUGUCGCCAUCUACGAGGCCUACGUCACCUGGGGGGAAGAAGCGGAGAAACUCUCCGCUGGCUUCUCCUUGCACAUCACGGAGGGGGAGUUACUCUGAGGAACUGCAGGGGUGCAAUCUGGAGGGGGGAGACCUCACCUCUCACUCACAAGGUCCGCCCACCAGCUGUGAACUGAGCAUCCCUCAGAAAACCAGGAAGAAGUCUCUGGAACAGUUGUCCCCGAGGGAGGUGGAGAAAGAGCCGACUGCAGGACACGGCUCCCCCUGCCCCCUGCCAGACACCCAGCAGAGCAGGAGAGAGCCUCCCUCACUGGGCAUGGAUUACCUCUCUGUGCCCCCUGCCCUGGCCUGGGGCAGAACCAGAGCUAGCGCUCACAGCCCCCUGUUCAGGUCCAACGCCCUUCCUCCACUUGACUGGCCUCUGCCGUCCCAGUUUGAUCAGUACGAGCUCCGGAUCGAGGUGCAGCCUCGCCCCCACCACCGAGCUCACUAUGAGACAGAAGGCAGUAGAGGUGCAGUCAAAGCUUCGCCAACGGGACAUCCUGUCGUCAAGCUGUGUGGAUACGCAGAGAGGAAGCCGCUCUCGCUGCAGGUUUUCGUUGGAACAGCUGACGACCGCUCCAUCAGGCCACAUCCAUUCUAUCAGAUACACAGGGUGACGGGAAAAAUGGUCGGCACUGCGAGUCACGAGAGCAUCCAGGCGGGGACCAAGCUGCUGGACAUCCCGCUCAGUCCUGAGAACAACAUGACCGCACUGAUCGACUGCGCCGGCAUCCUCAAACUGAGAAACUCAGACAUUGAGCUGAGGAAAGGAGAGACGGACGUCGGCAGGAAGAACACUCGUGUCCGCCUGGUGUUUCGUACCCAUCUUCCUGUAGCGCCCCCUGUGGCCCCCGCUGGGCGACUGCUGGCCCUGCAGGUUGCCUCUCUGCCCAUUGAAUGCUCUCAGCGUUCAGCACAGGAACUGCCCAUCAUCGAGUCGGUCAGUCUGACCGCCUGCUCUGUGGAGGGAGGGGAAGAGUUACUGCUGAGCGGAAACAAUUUCCUGCCAAUCUCCAGAGUCCUUUUCAUGGAGAGAGGCACAGAUGGUAAAUUACAGUGGGAGGAGGAGGCUUACGUUGACCGUGACAACAGUAAUGAGAGUCUCUUGUGUGUGAGGGUUCCAGCGUACAGCGACCUCUCUGUUAGCCGGCCUGUGUCCGUCAGUCUCUACGUCUCCAACGGCAAGAGGAAGCGCAGCAGCACUCACUGCUUCAAGUAUUUACCUGUUAUGUUCAAAGAGGAAGAUCCUCUGCUGUCCCGCCCCUCCGCUUUGACUCAGGAGGGGGGCACCUCAGGGUCCGUGGGGGCUCCACCCAGGAUGGACCGGGGCCUCCCUGUGUCUGAUGAGCGAGGUCUCAAUUUCCACCUGCUUCCAUACCCCACCACCUACUCCCCCCCAUGCCCCCCCAUGAGCUACAAUGAGGAGUACUGCUCUAAACCCGACGCUCUGGGAGAGGAGCCGGGCGGGUCCAGGGGGGCCUUAUCCGAGCGUCACCCCAGCUUUGAGAACCUGGAGCUGGGCUUCACCGAUCUUCUCCCUCCCCUCUACCCCCGGGGGCCACAGCCUCCCUCCCCCUCCCCAUGGCUGGACUCUCCUUACCUGUCCUCAUCACCGUCCCCCUCCCACUCCUCUUCUCUCAGUCCUUUCCCAACCGGGAGUCCCAUCUCCAACUCCCCCUUGCCCCCCAUCCCCUCCUCGCCUUAUCCUCACUACUCUGCCUAUACUCAGGAGGUGUGUCCCUCCCCUCCAACAAACCCCAACCCUUAUCAGGACAUCUGCCAAGUCCCGUACUCCCACUUCGAGGGGUGGGACCCCCAUGGAAGGGCGCUGGGGAUGGGGCAUGGGAGGGAGGGGGAUGCCAAGAUCCAGGAGUGCCCCCUGGAGUUUACCAGCUCCACCUCAAUGCAUCACCUGACCUUUGAAGAAGUGUCAGAGUUCAUUGGGGAGGACAUGCAGUCUUACCAGUGUGGCUCACACAUCAACAGCCAGCCACACUGAGCGGAGAGCAGCCCGUGACCCCGACUGACAUUCAGCAUCUUUUCAAACCACUUUGAUACCUUUGUAUGAAGCUGCAUCUCUGGAUGACUUUGACAUGGGGCUUUGGUUACCCGAACACUUGAUUCUGACCACAGAUAUCCAUUUUAUAAAGGGAAUCUAAUGUUGUUAAAAUGCUUUUAAUAUAAAUUAUACAACAAA